AGCUCUGUCCGCCGUUGCUUUGUGGCCUCGGCACCAGGGGCAGCUACUCCAAUUCCCGACGCAUUGCCUCCCAUUUCUUCCCGGGUCUCCCUCCAAUAACGGAGGUCCGAACGUGCUGCUCUCAUAUUCUAUCUAAUCCCCAGGUAGGUAGAAUCGGAUACCAUGGUGAAGGACACCGAGUACUAUGAUAUAUUGGGUAUCAGUGUUGAUGCAUCUGCUGCUGAGAUAAAGAAGGCCUAUUACCUCAAGGCACGCUUGGUGCAUCCAGAUAAGAAUCUUGGAGAUCCACAAGCCGCUCAUAACUUCCAGGUACUUGGCGAGGCUUAUCAAGUCUUGAGUGAUCCUGCAAAACGUGAAGAAUAUGAUAAGCAUGGAAAGGAAGGUGUUCCCCGGGAUUCCAUGGUAGAUCCUGCUGCUGUCUUUGGGAUGCUUUUUGGAAGUGAGUUCUUUGAAGAUUAUGUUGGACAACUAGCUUUAGCAACCAUAGCUUGUGUAGAAGUUGAAGAAGAAUCACAGGUCCCAGAAACCCGGAAACAAAGAGUUCAAGAGAAAAUUAAGGAAUUACAGAAAGAAAGGGAACAGAAACUAAUCCAGGUUCUGAAAGAUCGCCUUCAUCUUUAUGUGUCUGGGCAGAAAGAACAGUUUGCAGCUUGGGCCAGCUCUGAAGCUCGUCGUUUAUCUCAAGCUGCUUUUGGGGAGGCUAUGCUCCACACCAUUGGAUAUAUAUAUGCCAGACAAUCUGCGAGAGAAAUUGGAAAGAGCAGGCGAUAUAUGGGCAUGCCAUUUAUCGCUGAGUGGGUACGAGAUAAGGGUCACCAUAUAAAAUCACAAGUUAAUGCAGCAUCAGGUGCUGUUGCACUAAUACAGCUUCAGGAAGGGAUGAAAAAACUUGAGGGGUCUGAAGAAGAGGACCUUAUGAAGAACUUCGAAGAGAAAAAGGAUGCGAUGCUUGGUUCUUUGUGGAAAAUAAAUGUGCUAGACAUAGAAUCAACUCUUUCACAUGUUUGCCAAGCAGUUCUGAAAGAUAAUAGUGUUUCCAAGGAUGUGUUGAAGUUCAGAGCCAGAGCACUGAAGAAGAUGGGAACAAUUUUCCAAGGUGCUAAAGGGCUUUAUAGGAGAGAGAACAGUCUUCGCCUCGAGGAUGGCACCGGCGGUGUCAUGCCAUAAGAGGUAGCCUUGUGAAACACAUAGAUGAUUUGCUGUGAGUGAUGUUCAUGGUGAAGAAGGCAACUGAUGCGAGAAAGUUACUGCUGGAAAUAUGUUGGUAAAUUUAUCUCAACUGUUCAUGUCUUGGGGCACGAGGCUUGAUUUUAUCCAGUUUUUUUGUCGAUGUUAAGUCAUACAUUUAUAAAAGAUUUUGAUGUUUGGCAUUAUCUUUCAGAUAAAUCUUGUGCGAUGUACCAAGAAA